AGGGGUACAGAUGCUGUGCUUCUUCCUCCGCUACCGCUUCCUCUACUCCCCUCUCAUGGCGACGGCGAAGCACCAACGCCUCCACCAAAUCGCGGGAGCGUCGCUCGCGGGCUCCGCGAAGAAGCCGAAGACGAUGAUGGACUCCGCCAUGAAGGAGGAGUUCGCCAAACACGCCGAUUACCUCAACGCGCUGAAUGACAAGAGGGAGAGAGUUGUAAAGGCUAGUCGCGAUGUGACGAUGAACAGCAAGAAGGUCAUAUUUCAGGUUCACAGAAUCAGUAAACAUAACAAAGAAGAAGUUCUAUCCAAGGCAGAGAACGAUCUCGCUUCUGUAACGGACCAAUAUAUGUCAAGAUUAGUAAAAGAGUUGCAAGGGACCGACUUUUGGAAGCUUAGACGGGCCUAUACCUUUGCAGUACAGGAGUAUGUCGAAGCUGCUACAUUUUGUAGAUUUUGCAAGACUGGCACUCUAUUGAAUCUCGCAGAAAUUAAUGCUUCUUUGUUAGCAUUGAGUGAUAAGGAUGUUGAGCCAUUGCAGAUAAAUGUUCUUGACUACCUUUUGGGGGUUGCAGAUUUGACCGGAGAGCUAAUGCGACUGGCCAUUGGUCGAAUAUCCGACGGAGAAGUCGAAUAUGCAGAGCAGAUAUGCAAGUUUGUACGUGACAUAUACAGGGAACUUACCCUGCUAGAACCUAUGAUGGAUGACAACAUUGAGAUGAAGAAGAAAAUGGAAACGAUGCUUCAAAGUGUUGUCAAAAUUGAAAAUGCUUGUUUCGGUGUUCAUGUGAGAGGAUCAGAAUACAUUCCUUUGCUUGGAUCCAGUGAUCCUGAUUACUCCUUUCUGGGUGUACCGGACUUCGAAUAAGGAAGCUUCAUAAAACCUGAUACAAAGUGAUCAUCAUGCAGUACGGCUGCAGUAUUCGAGUUGCAGAAGCUUGUUGUAUCAAAGCGCGGAUGUUGACUCUUUUCUGGAAGAAGAGAGAGUACACUCAGAUCUCAUCUUUCAGUUUGUGAAAACAGACCUCUGAUUUGCAAUCUCUCCAGAAUCUGGCAAAUUAGAGUAGUUCUUUCUCUGUUUUUGGUCAAAACUUAUGUAUAAAAGUCCAGCUCAAAUCCCUUUUUUUUUAAAAAAAAAUUGCAAAGCAUAACAUCUCCUAACAAGCUGGUUUAUAAAGUUUCAUGCAAUCUGAGACAGUUAAAAAUUUGGCUUCAUGAUGCUCCGCGGUGAUGAAACUGAAACAGACUCUUCAUGUUUUUAUUGUAGAUCUUUUUACUGAUUUAUUAUCAGAUAUCUUAUUUUUGCAGACCCUAAAUGGUCUUGGUGUUGCCAAUGUCAUGUAUUAUCAGAGUUCACUGUAUCAACCUGCUUUUACUGUUGGGCAAAUUUCAAUUAGCCCUCAUGUGGUUUAGGGUACUUUUUUAUUUUGUCA